AAAAAAAAUUUAAAACAUUAAAUGAAGAUCUACCAAGCUAAGUUUCCCUUAAAUGAACCCUUUGACGCUUACAAACAAAUAACAAGUUGAAAUUUCUUUCCCCCCCUUCAUUCGACAUGACAUUUAUGAUUCAAAUUAUUCUCACGUUUAUCAACCAACUUGCCAACUUCACUAAUAAGUGGUAGUUAUCCCGUCAUAAAAAAAAAAAAGUGGUGGUAGUUAUAAGUUUCCGUUCGAACUCACCAAAAUUGAGAAUAUCAAAGAACAAAGAAGAAGAAACCAACCAAAAACAAAUCCAAUAAUGUCUAAUGGUCAAGAUCAAAACUCAACACCAAUCUGCACCGUUGAUCCUUGUGAAUACCUCCAAAUCAAGCGAAACCCAGAUGGUACAAUCACUAGAUUCUUAGAUAUACCAUCUACACCUGCCACACCAGAUCCCAGCUCUCCGUCCCCUAUUCUCUCCAAAGAUUUCCCAUUAAACCCAACUCACAAAACUUAUGUUCGAGUUUUCAUUCCCAAAAGUGCUCUUUCUGAUCCUUUAAAUAAGCUCCCUAUCAUUGUAUACUAUCAUGGGGGUGGUUUUGUGCUUUUACAUGCUGAUUCUUUCUUUCAUCAUGAUAUUUGCUCGGCGGUGGCAUCUUACGCGCUGGCUAUUGUCGUCUCUGUCGAGUAUAGAUUGGCCCCCGAAUAUCGGCUUCCGGCAGCUUACGAAGAUGCCGUGGAUGCUCUGCACUGGAUCCGUUCCUCAGCUGCUGAUCCUACUGAUGAAUGGCUGUUCAAGUAUGGGAACUGUCAUAACUGUUUUUUGAUGGGAACAAGUGCAGGAGGUAAUAUAGCUUAUCAUGCUGCUUUAAGGGCAUCAAAUAUGAUGGACAAUCUCCACCCAUUAAAAAUCAAAGGUAUAAUUUUGCACCAUCCAUUUUUUGGUGGGUCGUAUCGCACAGAGUCGGAGUUAAGACUGAUUAACGACCCAUUUUUGCCAUUAUCGGGUAACGAUUUAUUUUGGGAGCUGUCGUUACCGAAAGGGGCAACUCGAGACCACGAGUAUUCCAACCCAUUAUCAGAUGAUGGGCCAGAUCGGAUGAAGAGGAUUAAGGAUAUGGGUUCACGAGUUUUGGUCACUGAUUGUAGUGGUGACCCGCUUAUCGACCGUUUGUUGGAGUUUGUUAAGGUGUUAGAGGAAAAUGGUGUAAAUGUUAAGGGACAUUUUACUCAAGGUGAUUAUCAUGGAGUGGAGAUUAUUGAACAUAAAAAGUGUGAAGAAUUGCUAGUAGUUCUUCGAUCAUUUGUGAAAUCUUGUAUGGAUGCUUAAAAUUGUGGAGGUCCGUUUGAUUUAACUUAUUUUGUCUUAUCUUAUUUGAAUUUAUCAUAUCUGAACUUAUCUUAUAUGAUUUAA